CGCUGAUCCGAACCCGAAGGAAGUAAACCCUAAUCCUCGUUUCAUGACCUUUUCGCUAUCCCCAAUCGACGUCCGGCCCUGAUUCAUCGCCUUUGCCGAACCGCUGCCCUUUCUCCGCUGGAUGCAGUCAUCCAUCAGGACUUGAACGUGUCUUUGCUUAGAGGCCGAGCUGGGUACUGCAGCGCGUGGACGAGCGAGUAAUUAGGCAUAGAAGGAAAGGAUGAAUCCUUUGACGCUGGUGAAGCGGACCCAGAAGAUCAACUCCACCGAGGCGGCGUUGGGCAUAUCGGAGGAGGCCUCCUGGCACGCUAAAUACAAGGAAUCCGCCUACAUAUUCAUCGGUGGCAUCCCCUUUGAUCUUACCGAGGGCGACCUCCUCGCCGUCUUUUCCCAGUAUGGGGAGGUAGUCGAUGUUAAUCUUGUGAGAGACAAGAGUACUGGUAAAUCAAAAGGUUUUGCCUUUCUUGCAUAUGAGGAUCAAAGGAGUACAAUUCUUGCUGUAGACAAUUUAAAUGGGGCAAAGAUCCUUGGUCGAAUCGUAAGAGUUGAUCAUGUUAGUAACUAUAAGAAAAAGGAAGAGGAAGAUGAGGAGGAGCGACAGAAAAAGAGGGAGUCACGUGGUGUAUGUCGUGCCUUUCAAAGGGGUGAAUGCAAAUUUGGUGAUUCUUGCAAAUUUUCUCAUGAUGAGCAGAGAAGCGCAAACACAGGCUGGGGUCCCAAGGACAGUGAUUCAAGAUGGAAUCAUGACAGAUACGAUGGCCCUCCAAACAGUCACAAAAAUGCCUCUCGACAUGCCUCAGAUCCUACUCUGCAUCAGAGAGUUAAAGAGGGCGACUCAAAAUCUGGAUCGGUAAACAAGGAUAGUCAUCCUUCAAGACUAAAGACCUAUGAAGAUGAUGACGAGUACAGGGAGUCAAGGAGGGACAAGCCCUCGGACAGGCGAAAUUUAGAAGCAAACCGGGAAGACAGAUUAGACAAGCAAGGAAAUGACAAACGCAGGAGGCACGAUGAAGAAUCCUCUAGCUCCCGUUACCGAAGCCGGGAAGACAGAGGUUCUCCAAGCAGAGUGCAUCGACGAUAGAUUGGCAGUUCCUCUGGAGACAUGAUUGGUUGGUUGAGGUUUCAGGACUUGUUAUUGUGAAUACUGUUCCAUGGUUUCUCCAGAUUGCAAUGGCCCCAGGCAUGUGAGUCAUGACCCAAUUCCUUCAAAGAUGAAUUGAGCGAGCAUGCUGUUGAUAUGGACGCCUAACUUGAAAGCUGUUGUGCCAUUGGCUCAUUCGCACUGCCACUGCCACAGCCUUGAUCGAGCCCAUGGCUCCCGCUAGGCUGAGGAAUGGAGUGGUGCAGAUGCCUUUGUAUUUUGGGUGGAUGGCUAUUGCGUAUCAUCUUCCCGUUGUGAGAUUAUAAUGUGGGCUUUGGUGUC